AUGUCCUCCGUCCCAUAUUCAGACGGAGAGCAAAUGUGUUCAUUAAAACUGAAACGGUUCGUUUCAUUACGUUAUUCUGAAGGUCUCAAACAGAAAUAUCAUCUUGUGAAUUUGGGAAUAUUUAAGCUUUUUAUUAGCUGUAUUAGUCCAGUUAUUUUGAGGUUAGGGUACUGCAACGGAAAGAAACAGUUUCUGGCACGGGUUUGGCAGGACAUUUAUUAAAGUUACACACAUAGGGACAGGGGAGAUACACCAUCACAUCUACGCAGACACACGAGGGAAGAGGGCGUCUCCAGCCCUGUAUACGGGCGGUUAUUAUAUAAGAUCACUUUAUUGGCCAUAUGCAAUUUUUUGGAUGGGGUCAGAGCGCAGGGUCAGCUAUUAGGCAGUAGGAUUUCUCUGCCGGCCGCUGGAUUUGAACCGGCAACCUUCCAGCCAAACAGGCGCAGAUCCUAAGCCACAGAGUCACCGCACCUUUGUGGAAGAUUUAUGUGAAAGAAGAGUUUGAGUCAGCAGUUCACUUUCUUCCUGACAAAAUUACAUUCUUCCAGCACCAUUUAAUUGGAUCAGAAAAAAAAGAGAUACAUUAAGAGAAUAUUGAGAGACCUCUCUCUGUUCUGCAUGUUUCAGAAAAUAGUACUGUGUGUUUUCUGCAUCUUGGUUUUGACUGCCUUGAUCAUCACAGUCUCUUUAUUUAAGAAUUUACAAGACACGUCGUCAAACCGACAGCUGGAUGGGAUGUGUUCUAAGGAGACACCGGAUAGUUUUAAUCCCAGUGUUAGUGGAGUGGACAGUUGCAGACUCCAGAUGCCCUUCAAGGAGCCUGACAAGGUGUCUAAUCCCUCAGUGACAUUAGAGGAGAGAUAUGUGGCUGCCAUGGUGCUCAGUGGAGCUGGAGAUGCUCUGGGCUACAAUAAUGGGAACUGGGAAUUCUCCCGGAGCGGAGAAGCGAUUCAUACGGAGCUGACUAAAAUGGGAGGCCUUAAAAACAUUGAUGUGAAAGAUUUUAGAGUGAGUGAUGAUACAGUCAUGCACCUUGCCACAGCAGAGGCCUUGGUUCAGGUGGGGAACAAGCCACAGCUGCCAGAUCUAUAUCAUGUCCUUGCCCAGAAAUACAUAGAUUGCUUGGAUGACAUGGAUGGAAGAGCCCCUGGUGUAACAUGUAUUGAGACCAUUCAGUUUUUGAAGCCACAUGUCAAGGAUGGAUGGAAAAUCCCAUUUAACCCCAAAGGAGGUGGCUGUGGUGCGGCCAUGAGGGCUAUGUGCAUUGGGCUGCGGUUCCCCCACCCUUCCCAGGAGGAGCAGCUGGUGGCAGUAAGCGUAGAGAGUGGGCGGAUGAGCCAUCACCACCCCACGGGCUACCUAGGUUCCCUGGCUACAGCCCUCUUCACCUCUUACGCUGUCCAAGGCAAGCCCCUCGAGCAGUGGGGCCGGGGACUCCUCGACACAUUGGAGAAUGCCAAGAGCUACGUCCGUCAGUCAGGCCACUACACUGAAGAUAACCUACGGGCCUGGGAUUAUUUUGAAAACCAAUGGAAAGCCUAUCUGAACAAAAGAGGAAUAUUGGAUGGAACAAGUAAGGCCAGGUUUCCAGAGGUAUAUGGUGUCAAAGAGAGAGAUGAUUUCUAUAAAUCCCUGAGCUACAGUGGCUGGGCAGGCAGCAGUGGUCAUGAUGCACCAAUGAUAGCAUAUGAUGGUCUUCUCCGAGCUGGCGACUCCUGGACGUCACUCGCUGACCAUGCUUUCUUUCAUGGCGGAGACAGCGAUUCCACUGCCGUCAUUGCUGCAGCCUGCUGGGGUGCCAUGUAUGGUUUCCAGGGGGUCCCUAAAUGCAAUUAUGGAAAUCUGGAAUAUAGGAAGAGACUGGAACAGCUUGGGAAACAGCUAUAUAAACUCAGUCAGACUGAGAAACCAGUGUAACUGGUUAUAUGAAUAAAUAUAUAGUGAAUAUAGAAAAUA